AUGAUGAGAAGAACUAACGACUUCAAUGUUAUGACAGAAUUUGUCGCACAGAUUCCACAAGGGAGGAAUCGGUAUAAGGCUCCACUACCAAAAACCUGUGCUGAUUUCUGGUACAUGGUUGUCCAGGAGAAAUCAACUGCAAUUAUAAUGCUCUGCAACUUCAUCGAACAGGUUUUUUUGGAACCAGAACCUUAUGGUAGACCGCAAGUCUCGAGUCUGAGAACUGCAUUUCAGAGCUCCAAAAAAUCAGCACCUUACGUGCCAUUGGCUGCGGAAGAGAGCCCGAUGAAUUUUGAUGGUGUAAUUGUGAAAUUCAAGAGGCAGGAACAGUUCCACUUCCCUAUCAACACGAAGGUGAACAUUCGAGUGACUUAUGUGGAAGUGCGAGUUCCCGGCGAGGCACCACAUGCCACCGUCCACUAUCAUUGGCAAGACUGGCCUGAUCGAGGCGUGCCCGAAGCGGAUCUUGCACCAAUAUGUCUGCUUGCAAAAAUACGUAACACCUCGUGA